UGUGCUGCCGAAAAUGUCUUGUGAAGUGAAACUUCUCUCAAACAUAGACGAUCUGAGCGAGGUGCAGGAGCAAUUCGGAUUGCGAUCAGAAGAAAACUGGCUAAAUGCGGUGAGCUACGCACUGUCUCCAGCGGGAGACAUUCUGGCGUUCGGACACGGAUCGAUACUAGUGGUGCUAGCCUCCCGCUGGGACCGCCAGCGCCAGCUGAAUGUUUAUAAAACGGUCUGGCGGGGAGCGAUCGAUGACCCCAAUCGCAUCAUAACGAGCAUACUGUGCACGCCAAUCGUUGGCCAGGGUCAGAGCUCGCAAUCUAUGGUAGACUUCAGUUACAUCAUCGUCGGGCUGGACAGUGGGCAGCUGCUGUUCUAUGGCGAGAAUGGCACCCUCAUCCAUUCGCAGAUAUUCCAGCAGGAGCCCAUUCAGGCGCUCAAAGCGCAAAGUGGUAAACAUAUCAACGAGGAGCUGUACGUGAUGUACCCGUCCUGCAGCGUGAUCCUCCAGGGCUCGCAGGUGUUCCCGUUACUGCGUAGCCUCCGGCAGCAAAUCAAUCGGUACGGCAUCGGCAGCCCGAAAGUCAACGAAGCGCAAGAGACGAUUGCGUGCCGGAAAUGGAGCUAUGAGAAAGGGAUGACAAUUGUGGACGCGGUCGUUGUAGGCCCACAGAAAAGCUGCACCUUUGAUCAUCUGUUGACGGCUAGCUUGGAGGGGGGCUUUUUCGCCAAGUAUCGACAUUCGGCACCGCAGAAUUCGCUCAUUAUUGCGACGGGCAGCAAACCGUACGUUGGCUUUCAUUACGCCAAGGAAGGCUUCACGCAGCCAGUGCUGGCGGAUGUUGCACGAGCAGUGGCCAGUAAAAUAAAGUCCGCCUUACCAUCAUGGCUUGGUGGAGGUGGGACGUCCGCACAACAACAGGCAACCGUAGAACCACAGCUUCCGCCUUCCGAACCAUUGAUUUGUCGAUUCGGUCUAUGCGACCUGCAGCGUAACGCGUUUGCCGUAUGGCUUGCCCCGAACUACCAGCUAGCCGCUGUGGCCGAUAAUCUCGGUCGCGUCAUUCUAGUCGACUGCCAGCGUGGGCUCGCGUUACGCAUCUGGAAAGGCUACCGUGAUGCCCAGUGCGGCUUUGUCGAGGUACCGGAAAAGUUACCGAAGGAAUCAUCCUCAACGGCCGGCCAAUCGACCCGCAAGCUGGACCGCCGUAAGGCUCUAUUCCUCGUCAUCUACGCUCCCCGUCGCUCGGUGCUGGAGGUGUGGUCCCUUCGCUCCGGCGGCCCGAAAGUAGCCGCAUUUACUGCGGCCAAAAACGGGCAGCUGAUCUACAACACACACAGCCAGAUGGGGAUCACGAGCGGGGCUAGCAAGAUCAAGUAUACCGGACACGGGUGCACCUUUCUCGAUCUUUCCGAUAGCAGUCUGAAGGAGAUCGUCAUACCGUUUCACUGCGCGCUGAGCGACGCCAAGUCGAAGGUGGCAAAGGAUUUGCAUCUGCUGAAGCGUUUGAAAAUUUGUCUAAAGACGGGCGAUGGAAGCGAGGCGGAGGAAUUAGAGGAGAUGAGUGAUAUGUGUCGAAACUUUGAAACGGACGAGAUCCGAUUGCAGUGCGUUGAAAUGUUGGCCAAGCAGCGCAAGAUUCGUCCGAAACUGUUCGCUGCUAUCGUGGAUAUCUUCGCCGAGGUGGCUGUGGAAGGCUCGUGCAUGAGCACUACUCUAGCUCCAUCGGAAAUAUCGACCGAGCUGGAGGAAGCUGACGUGGAGGAAGAUAUGGACGUCCGAUCGAUGUCCAUGCAGGCGGGCAAAAGCCCGCUAAGAGUAAUGUGUGAGAACUAUCAAAAGUUGGUAAUGUUCUACCAGUACCUUCAUGGGGAUAUACCUUCGAUCGAUAUGAUGGAAGUGAAACAGAUGAAAGAUGUGGAAUCACCGAACACGGCCGAGGACGAGCAGCAAGAGCAGAAGGUAGGCGAGAAGCAGGUGAAUGUGAAACUCUCCGAGCAGGAGCUUACUGUGAUCGAGCAACUGAUUGAACUGAUUCGUAUGAACGAAACGGAAGGUUUGCAUGCAGGGCUGAACGGUGCGGUAUCAGGAAUCGGGCCGUCCACUGCCAGAGGCGUAAAGUUCGACGAGAGUGCAGCUUCCGGAGUGCGUAACGCUAGUUUUAUGGAGUACCUUUCUUCGUUCAACGUGAUGAAUGACGAUCUCAUUCUGCUUCGCGAGGAGAGCGGACCAAACGCCUACGCAAGUUUGGGAAAGAUUAUCUUCGAGCGGUUGUACCGGUUCGAUCAGCAUCGGCUGGUUGGAUUUGUGGCAUCGGCAGAGGCUUGUGGUAUGAUGCCCGAGGAUCUGUUGCGACUCUUCCUUGCCUACUGGCUGCGGUUACCGUUCACCUAUCGAGACACGGCCGCCCUGGUGGAUGAUUUGAAUCGGUUCAGCGCGGUCCUGCAUCAGAUUUGUCUGCUCGCCCGAGAAAAGACACAUUUUGAGAACAAUGCGCUCUGCCUGUGGUGGCAAUCGGUGCGUGAGUAUCUGCUCGAGUCUCCGUGUGCACUGAGAGGGCUGCUGGCAGCACUAAUGUGCCGCAACGAGGCACUUCGGCACGAAAAUCGGCGCCGGAGUGAUGACGCAGAAACAGAAGCGGCGGAUGAACAGUUCGAGCAGGUCUCGCAGGAAGCUUGCCAGUGGAUGCUGCUCAUCUACAAGCUGGAGGACGUGGCGAUAUUGGGCACGAUUUUGGCCGACUGCGUACGCUGCCGGCGUCCCCGCUGGCCCACGCUCAAGUACCACAAGCCGGUGGUGAGUCUGAAGGAAAUUCUGACCGGAGGGAAGGGGAUAGUGUCGGAGCUGGCGGCGAAGUGGGUUGCUUCGACCGGUAUCGAGCCGGCCAUGCUGGUGAUUGAGGUACCCCAGGAAGCGACCGAAACGGAACCAAAGCCGGGCGAUGGUGGUGGUGAUCCAAAAGCGAACACUUCGCCGAGCAAAGAAUCGACGGAGCGCGCUGAUCGAAAGGAGCGAAACAGAAGACUGGCGCUAAUCAAAGCGAACUUGCUGCAAACGUCCGAGUACGGUCCGGCCAAAGACGGUGGCGAGCAAGAAGAACUGGAUCCGGUGCUGUACAACCUGAACAUUCUACGGUUGCAUUUCCCGUUCAGUCUCGACUCGGGGCAGCUGUUGGCGCAACUGGCCUGGGAGUAUAUCGGGGCGUGGAGUAGAAACAUGCCGAAUGUCGCCUGUCUGCAGGCUGGCCUUGCGUGUUUGACUGCAAUUCCGCGACUGCAGUACUCGAUCAAGCACGGGCUGUGCUGCAUGAUCUGGAACGCGCAUCUCAAGAUUCCGCUCGAGGCAACGAAGAAGCUGGUCAACAAGGUGGGCCGCCUGCCGAAGGAAAAGUUGUGCCUGCAGGAUAUCGGCAUUAGUGACGCGCUGGUGCCGCAGUUCCUCGAGUGCUGCCUGGAGUUUUUCGACCAGUUCGCGGGCAGCAUCGACCAUGACAAACUUGAGCUACGCUUCGAGGACCUGCUGCAAGAGGGUCCGGUUCCGCUGACGGUGCUCGCAACGCAGCAGAACUCGGCCAACAUGGCCCUGCUCCGGCUGCAUCAGGAGCUUACCACCACGCUUCUCAUACUGACGUCGUUUAGCGUGCGGUACGCCAACAAACCGAUCCAGCAGCUGUUCGAUGGGAUGGCCAAUCAGGCGUUCUUUAGUGAGAUCAAUCGGCAGCUAAGUGCGACCAAUGCACUGCCGAAAGCGGAUCAGUUGCUGCGUAAGGCACGGAUCGAAUUUUUGUGCCGCACCGUGACCGCUACGAUGGACCUGAUCCGUGAGGAUAUGGAGACGGUAUACUAUGCGGAUCACAACAGCUGGAUGGACACUAUCGAGAGAUUGGCUGGUGCCUGGGAGCUGGAGUUUGGUGAUAUACGAAAGCAUCAGAUCAUCGAGUUGUACGCCCAUGGCUGGGACACGUACGCUCACGAGCUGCUGGAGAACGUCGUGGCCGAUCACACGUUCGCUAACCUGCUGCUAACGAUAGCGGGCCGCCGUUUAGCGCUGUACACCAAAGCCAACCCGAGCUCCUGGGCCCAGAUAGCCUCCGUGGGUCCCCUGCUCACCGACUAUCUCGAUACGCUAGUGAGCAACAGCAGCUACGGACCCCCGUUGCGGUUCGCUGAAACCGACGAAGCAACGCUGCAAACCGCUGCGGGUGGCGAUCUAUUCAUCGAGAAGAUUACUAAAUUGACGGAGAAAGCGUUCAACAGCCUGUCGUCGCUGGCCGUCAACACGAAGGGCACGUCAAAGGAGCUCCGGGUCGCCGGAAUGAUAUUCGAUGCUUGCGCCACCAUCAAGGACCACCGGAAUUAGUAGGAUGAAUUGGCCACCAAUCCCUUCCCAGACACGUGAUUUUUCUGCCUCAUCGCUUCACCGGACGCGGGAAGAUCCGGGUGGAGUGUAAAAUGUAAUCGUAUAUUGUAAAUAAUUUUAAUUCCAUCCGUUACGAGCUCGCCUACGUGCAGUUGUAUUAAGUAACUUGUUGUGGUGCACCCGACGAUAAUGCGCGGGCGUUUUCCACCACUCCGACUCUGUGCUGUUCUCGACAUAAUGUAAAGUCUAUCCAGCACCAUGCGGCGUUAUUUGGUCAGCACUACUGGUUCAGCCGCGGUACCGGAUAACCCACGACGAACCAACGCAAACACUAUAUUACAACACAAGCAAAAGAAAUAAGGAAAGUUAAUCAAUAAAACG